AUGUGUUCUCAGUCGAAAAUUAAAAUUUCGAAGGCAGCAAUUGAAAUUGUAGUAAACGGGGAAUUUAUGUUUAGAUUUUAUUUCAUCAAUGGGCAAGGUAAAAUGUUGAUGGAUAGCGAAUUCGAUUUCACUAAACCAAUAGCACACGUUUCCGGAUGUGAUCCACGAAAGCAGCAAAUUAUUAUUCGUCAAAGCCCGUAUGUGGAUCCCUUUAAUUGGGGAAGCUAUCUGUGGAUGUCAAAUAUGCGAGCAUUAGGAUCAGUGGAGCAGGAUGAUACUAUCAUUUGUUCCUUACGAUAUUUCCCAGCUGGUCAUGGAUCAUUCAUGCUUGGAACAUACGGACAACGUAACCGAAGUUAUCUUCACUCUCCUCGUUCCUUCAUGGGAUUAACGUUGAAUCACGACAGGACCCGUUUUUUUGACAUAUUAUCCGAGAAGAAGAAGCUCUUUCUUACGUUAUUUGGAGCAUACGAUGAAAAUAACCAUAUUCUGUUGGAGAAAACACAUGACGAAUUCGAUUUGAGUAUUGCUAUGACCCUUUACGACUCAACAAUCAAAUAUCGAGUGACCGGAAGCAUCGCCACGGUCUAUCAGAGCGGAUGUGGUAACACACCAGACGGUCUUCCAGAUCCUUGCAAAUCUGAUCCUCGUGAUUUUUAUUUCAGUUGCUUGCAUGUCGGAUAUUACUUGACUGAAGAACGAGAGACAAUUCCGAAUCGAACUGCCAGUCAUUGUAGUUUAGUUGGUCCAAGUCCCUAUAGAGACAUACUUGAUCGGAGCCAACAAUUAAGAUACACAUAUGGAUAUUGGGGUUAUCUUCCUUCUAUAUUUCUCAUCAAAUAAGAUUUAACACUUAUGCAUAUGCAAGAUGAGGGAAGUAGCACUUUGGUUAUCGAUGGAGUGCAAAUGAUACCACCAGUAGAACUCGAGAAUUUCGAUAUCGAUUGGUUCUGA